UGAGUGAGUGAGUAGCUUUGCAGCCUAAAUCCUGACCCCAUUGAAGCAUAACUCACCUUACAAAUCAAGCAACCUAACCUACUCACCAUCACCUUACUCUUUCUUUCCUCUUUUGCCCCAAACAACCAAACACACUCUUUUUUCACAUCACACAUUCCUCUUUUCCUCAUCACAAAUUCUCUCUCCCUUUUCAUCUUUUUCUUCACACAAACAAAAAAAAAAUGAACUUUGGAGACACCACCAACACCUUCACCCUCACCACCACCCCCACAAAACAGGAAACCAGUAACAACAUUCUUUCCUACUCAUCAUGCCUACAACCUACUAAUCUUCUUCCUACUCCUAAUUCUAUCCACAUCACCACGCCGCCACCGGACAGUUACGCCGCCGCUCACCGCCGCCAACUAUACGCCAGAGAAGGGUCUCACGUGCACUGGGACCCUCACCUCACGUGCUUGCAUCUUGGUAAGAGACAUUACUUUGAGGAUGUUACCAUCGAUGAUGUUAGUAAAUAUAAUAAUAAUGGUAAUAGUGUUGCCACUCUGGGGAAACCACACGUGUGCCGCGUUGGUGGUGGUGUUGUUAUUUCGGGGAGCCGACACGUGGGCGCUGACGAUGGUGAUAUCACACUGGGGAAUCGACACGUGUACGGCGGUGAUGGUGGUGCUGGUUACUUUUUACAGGGCAACGAUAAGAGAGCGCGGGGGUGUCAUGGAGGAGCUGCCGGUGGGGGUGGCGGUGGCGGGAGCGUGAAAACGGCGGCGUUAGGGAUGGUUCCGAGGUGUCAGGUGGAGGGGUGCCACGUGGCGUUGGUGAAUGCGAAAGAGUACCAUAGGAGACAUAGAGUUUGUGAUAUGCAUUCGAAGGCACCCAAAGUUGUGGUGUUGGGUUUGGAGCAGAGAUUCUGUCAGCAGUGUAGCAGGUUUCAUCUGGUAUCAGAGUUUGACGACUCAAAGAGAAGUUGCAGGAGAAGAUUAGCAGGCCAUAACGAAAGAAGAAGAAAAAGCUCUCACCUUUCUGUUACCAGAAGUUCUAGACAAGGGUGUGCUCUCUCUCUUCUGUCAUUUGAGAGCAGUGAUAAUUGGUGGUCUCAUUCUGAUCUCUCCACAAGAUGCAGUGCAGCAUUGCGUGAACUCAUAGCAGAAAACCGUGCUGCCCUAAUCACAAGACAACAACAGCAACAUGUUUAUGUUGUGCCCCACCAUGAUGAUGAUGCACUGGAUGAACUAGAGUUUGUGGAGAUACAACCUCAGUCCAAUUAUUUUCCUCAUCACAUGUUUUCCCAGACACAAGAAUAAUGAUUCUGUUCUGAUAUUGCUGCUGAGGUGACCCUGAAUCUGAUUUUGCAUGUUGAAAUGCAAGUCUGAGUCUAAUAAGUUUCACAAUAAGAGAAAAUAGUGUCGAUUUUUUAUAUAUUUGGCUCAAAUGUUAUUGGUAUUUGUACGUAAUCUUUUUCUCGAUC